UCCUCAGCACCCCACCCGCCUCCGUAUCCUCCAAGCCCCCCACCAACAGCUUUCUUCCCCUCUCGCUCUCGUUGGGGUCGCUAGGGUUUGGGAAUUCGAAGGGCUUCCCUCGCAAUGCCGGAGGCGGAGGCGGUGGGAGCGGGGGGCCGCGGCGAGGAGGCGGAGCCGGUGACGCCGCAGCCGCAGCCGCAGCCGCAGCCGCAGCAGCAGCAGCAGCAGGAGGGCCCCCAGGCGGUGGACGAUCGGCGGCUGCUGCGGUCACAGUACCUCGCCGUGAAGUGCCUCAUCAGCGAUGAGAAGGAUGAUAUGGCGAGCGCGGACUCCGAAAAUUUCCUCUCCAUCAUCAACAAGGUGGAGAGCCUGCACCAGCAAGUCCAGAGGCCAAGGGAGCAGAUAGCUGAUGCAGAAGCCCUGCUGGACCUUGCCACCAGUUUGGUAACAUCAGUAAGGUCCCAUUCAGUUCUGGGAAUCACGCCUUCUGAUUUCGUUGCUGGACUGCUGAAGAAGUUUGGAAAGCAAAGGGGUCCUGAUGAUGAGCAUGCCUCGUUGGACUGGGCUCGUGUUGGGCGUGCUGCCUCUCAUGUUUUCAUGAACGCUGCUGGAUGUGCCACCAUGGUUGGCCCUAUGAAGACAGAAGUGAAGCCGCGAAGGGUUUGUAUUAGAAAAAAGAGGACUGCAAGACCUCGUGGAAGUGCUCGUCCUGAACAGCUUGUGGACCCCACAGUGAAAACAAAGAGUGAUACUGAUAAGAAUAUGUCUGCUAUAUUUAACCUUCUGAGGAGAAAGAAAAAUGCCAGGCUGGAACACCUUGUUUUAAACAGGACAUCAUUCGCCCAAACAGUGGAGAAUGUCUUUGCCUUGUCGUUUCUAGUGAAAGAUGGCAGAGUUGAAAUCAAUGUGAAUGAUGAGGGGCAUCAUAUUAUCUAUCCAAGGAACGCACCUGCCGCUAGUGCUGUUGCUUCAGGAGAAGUUGUCUACAACCACUUUGUCUUCCGAUUUGAUUUCAAAGACUGGAAGCUCAUGAAAGGGGUCGUUCCAGAGGGGGAAGAGCUUAUGCCGCACAGGUCUUCUCAGGAUGCACCUGGCGCAGCAGGAAACAGUCAUCCUGAGCCUGAGCUGACCGUGCCCACACAAAGCGCACCGAUCAGGAAGCGGUGCAGGAACCGUGGCCUGAUCUCGCAAGAUGAGACGGUUGCAACGGGGGUGCAGGAAAUCAUGGCAAACAGGACGGUAGCCACAGGUGCGCAGCAAGUCGUGGAAGAUGAGAUGCCAGCAGCCAUGGGCGCGAAGGAAGUCAUGGAGGACGAGACGGGCGCAGCGACAGGCGCGAAGGAAGUCAUGGAAGACAAGAUGGUGGCCAAGUACAGGAAGGAGGUCAAUCUGACGUACAAGCGCAGGCGCCUCUUCCAGGACGGCUGAUGGCCCUGACCCUGGCUGUACAUGUUUAGGUAGAGAUGCAGCCACGCUCACUUAGCGUAGCUUAUAUGCGCUUAGGGAAAGCACGGUGGCGUGGCGUGGGUAGUGGGCUUUUGGAAUGGUUGGGUAUGUCACCUUUUGGAGUUGCUCUCCAGUUUCUGGUGUAUUUAAGCUGAGGUAGUUGUAGUUAAUGUUAGAUGCCUGUUGCAACGCUAAUGCUUAGUUUGAUGAUGGUUGAAAA